CCCUCUCUCCGCUCGCAUUCGCUCGUCUCCUUCCUUCUCUCUCAUUUCCUCUUCCGUCGUUGCCGGUCGGCACCUCGCCGACGGCACGGGGGUGGAGGAGAAGGAAAGAGGAAAAGCGGGAGGAGGAGCCUAGGGAAGAUAAGUAAAUAAACAAGAAAUUAAGAAGAAGGAGAAGAUGGGGAAAAAACGGCCAGGGUCGUCGGAGGACGUGGAGGCGGCGUGGGCGGUGGAGGCGCCACCGCAGCAGCUGGAGUCGUGGGUGGCGUGGCUGGUGCCCACCUUCGCCGUCGCCAGCGUCGUCGCCUUCGCCUACACCAUGUACGUGAACGACUGCCCCACCCUCCACACCCACCCAUCCGACUGCGUCUUCCCCGCCCUCGGCCGCUUCGCCUUCGAACCCCUUAAAGUCAACCACCUCCUCGGCCCCAAUUACUACACGCUCGAUCGGUUGGGCGCAUUGGAUUACAAGAAAGUAGUAGAAGAAGGCGAAGGAUGGAGGCUCCUCGCCUGCACAUGGCUGCAUGCCGGGGUCGUCCACUUGCUCGCUAAUAUGUUGAGCCUUCUGUUUAUAGGUGUUCGUCUCGAGCAAGAAUUCGGAUUUGUGAAAAUUGGAAUAUUAUAUAUACUUUCUGGAUUUGGGGGGAGCUUGCUGUCUUGUCUCUCGAUCCGAACAAAUAUAUCAGUUGGCGCAUCAGGUGCUCUCUUCGGAUUGUUAGGGGCUAUACUUUCCGAGCUCAUCAUAAAUUGGACCAUUUAUGCAAAUAAGUGUGCAGCACUUCUGACACUCGUGGUUGUUAUUUCCAUCAACUUGGCUGUCGGGAUGAUUCCCCAUGUGGAUAGCUCUGCACAUAUUGGAGGAUUCAUCACAGGUUUCCUUCUUGGUUUUAUCCUUCUUAUUCGUCCCCAAUUUGGAUGGAUCAAUCGGAAGCACAUCCCGCCUGGUUAUGAUAUGCAACUCGGGAAACCAAAGCACAAGGUGUAUCAGUACCUCUUGUGGAUUAUAGCUCUCGUGCUCUUAAUUAUCGGAGGCAUAAUAUGAUGGAUGUUCACCUAUUUGAUCGGCUUACUCCACUCUUGUGGAUUUUCAGAUUUUUGGUCGGCUUGAUAAAGCUACUCCAUCCGGGCAAACAAAGAUGAUACUUGCUGCUUCGACUCCGGGCAUCCUUCAGGCGCAAUACCUGAUUUAUCAAGUAUUUCAGCUAACAGAAGAGAGGAGACGGAGUUUUGUUUAGUCCCUCUUCUUGCCACUUUUUUCUGCGGUAGCGUUUUGAAGUUUUUUGCCUUUUCCGAACCCGUUAUAACCCUGUCAGGCUAGUCUUCAUAUGGCUCUGGGGAUGCGAGGCUUGAUGCUACCAUUGAAAGGAAGAAUAUGGCAACUGCUUGACGUCUUCCAGAAGCGGGGAAGGUGUGGGUUUGCCAUCGCCUCCUGCGAGGAUGAGGAAGCUAGGAAAAACCCUCCAACUUUCAUGGAUUGUGUUAUGCAGCUGAAGCGCAGUUGAUUAGAAGGGAAUGCCGACUACUUAACGACCGGAAGCCAUGCGCUCAUCGAGAUUACUAUCGGAGGAUGGGAAUUGUAUCGUCUCAUUCCGAUACAACCCAAGAUUCACAUGUGAUAUUGUGGACGUGUAACUGUGAUUUGUUCCUUCGUGUGUUCCGAUGACAGUAACAGACCAAUUGAAUUCUGAAAGCAGCUAAUUUGCACUGCUGAAAUUCCCUCUCAAAGGAGAGAUGGUUCCUCCAUAGUUGACCAGCUUAUUAGAAUGGUCAUAUUCUUGUGGCGAUCGUGCUGCAUGAACGGUCAAGGCAUAUUGCAGCGCAGAACUGACUUUUUGACUCCUCUCUU